AUGAGGAAUGAUUCAUGGCCCAAGAAGGGGAGAGGUGGAGUCAGAAAGCUUCUAUACAGACCAUGGAGAGUCAGAAAGCUUCUAGCUAUCGACUCGUUGACAAAUUUAGCGAGCGUGUUAUCACACGCUAAGGUAUUGUUUGCUGUUUUGGUUAGUGACGUACUUGGCAGUGCGAAAGCAUUUGUUACCUCCCUAUAUUCCGAACAAAUACCAACUUCUGUAAAGGAAGCCCAGGGUAAAAAGAACUGGAGAGAAGCAAUGGAAACGGAAAUGCAUGCUCUUGUGAAACACAACACGUGGGAGAAGUGCAUUCUGCCUAAAGGAAAGAAAACAGUUGGAUGUCGGUGGGUGUAUUCAAUCAAAUAUAAACUAGAUGGUUCCUUUGGAAGAUACAAAGCUCGGCUUGUAGCUAAGGGUUACACUCAGACUAUAGGAUCGAUUACUCUGAGACAUUCUCUCCCGUUGCAAAAAUGGACACCAUUAGAGUCCUCUUCUCCGUGGCAGCCAAUAAGGAGUGACCUCUCCACCAGUUUGAUGUUACAAACGCAUUUCUCCAUGGAGACCUAA